AUGGCGCCUUCAUCCAAGAGCCCAAACAUGGGCCAAGUUAUUGAGUAUAUCCCAGUCAUGUCGCAUCAUUAUUCUGCGCCGCCUCGGUCGCCUCGGUCGUCGCACAGCGACCUGAGCGCAACGGCCUCCAGCCCCAGAUCUACCUCGCAGCACAUUCAUCCCUAUUUUCACUGCGCCUACUUCCCGGUAUCUGUCCUAACCUGGCUCCCAGACCGCCUAUACCUGGCUGCAUAUAUCCACCCUCCCACGGCCGAGACCAUCUUCCCCUACGGCGAGCCUGUCCAGACCUCUCCUAGAAAGCGAUCGCAAAGAGCCGCCGAUGGCCCUACACCUGUCCAGACAUCCGCGCGCCUUGCGCCCUACUACUUCUCUGUCGACGACACCCUCCUGUACAAUGCUUUCCACCACGACUUUGGCCCGCUGCACAUCGGACACCUGUACCGCUUUGCCCUGCAGUUUCACGAUGUGCUCGGUGCCAAGGAGAACAAGGAUCGCCCGAUUGUCUUUUGGAGCAGAGCUGACCCCAGAAGUCGUGCCAACGCUGCUUGUAUGCUUGCCUGUUACAUGGUUUUAAUCCAAAAUUGGCCGCCCCAUCUGGCCCUGGCCCCCAUCGCCCAAGUUGACCCGCCUCUGAUGCCCUUCCGUGACGCUGGAUACAGUCAAGCCGACUAUGGCAUCACCGUUCAGGAUGUCGUGUACGGCGUGUGGAAGGCCAAGGAGGAGGGCUGUUGCGCCCUGGACAACUUUGAUCUCGACGAGUAUGAGAAGUUUGAGAGAGUAGAGCACGGUGACUUCAACUGGAUCACACCGCACUUCCUCGCCUUUGCCUCACCCCAACACUCGCCAGUUGCCAAGGUAUUGGAGGGCACUGAGGAGUGGGAUGCGCUUCCUAAGACGAUCGGACAGGUGGAUGCAAACAAGGCCUUACCCCAGCCCUUCAAGAACGUCCUGAAGCACUUCACCGAGCGCAACAUUGGUCUUGUUGUUCGUCUCAAUUCGCCCCUUUACUCGCCUUCCUUCUUUGAAUCCAUGGGUAUUUCGCAUCUCGACAUGAUUUUCGAUGACGGCACUUGCCCGCCCCUCACAACUGUCCGCAAGUUCAUCAGGCUGGCGCACGAGACAAUCACCGUCAAGAAGAAGGGAAUCGCCGUCCACUGCAAGGCUGGUCUCGGAAGAACUGGUUGCCUCAUUGGCGCUUACCUCAUUUACCGUCACGGCUUUACGGCCAACGAGAUCAUUGCUUUCAUGCGCUUCAUGCGCCCUGGCAUGGUUGUCGGCCCUCAGCAGCACUGGCUUCACAUCAACCAAGGCAUCUUCCGUGAGUGGUGGAUUGAGGAGCGCAUUGAGCGCAAGCUUAGAAAGGAGAUGGCUGCCAACGCCGCCGUUCCCAGCACACCCAUCCGCGCCAUGCAAAAGACCUCCCUUCGUAACGGCCAGACAUCCACACCUCCCCAUCGCAGCACAUCAAACCGGACGCCUUUGAGCGAGGUUGACCAGGACCGCAAUAACAUUGGGGUCCAGGAGGAUUACCUUCCAGCGCCAACACCAGGCCAGCCAAGAAAGACCAACAGGGCAGACCGUCAUCACCCCUACCAACGGGCUCCUUCAUACCACGCAACACUCGAGGAAGAAGGCGGUAUUCAUCAAGAAACCGAGGUGAUUUCUGUCCACAAGACAUCGCGCGGUGCCGCAGAAUCCGACGAGGAGUGGAACUUCAGAAUGCGCACGCAUCGGAAACCCUCAGAGUCCCCUGGUCGCAGUGAGAAGCGAUCCGUUAGUCACUCCGCCGCUACUGUUUAUCAGACAUUCAUCGACAAUGACGCUAGCAAUGAUGCGGAGAACAUUGGAUCGCAACGUGUCAAGCACGUCGACAGGGACCGCGUUAGCAGCGCAUCGGGUGUUCUCACCAAGGUUCGUGGCAGUAAGCGUUCAGGAGAUUCACCUUUGAGGACCAAGGACGGAGUACGCAAGACGAGUGGUCGUGUCGGCAGCGUGGGCAGUUCAGCAACGUCCGCGACAGCAGCCUCGACAGCGCGCAAGGUCUCGGGGGCGUAG